AUGUAUCCUUCUCUUGAUGAAGAUUUCGUCAAUGAUUUGUUUUGCUUCGAUCAAAGCAAUGGAGCAGAACUCGACGAUUACACACAAUUUGGUGUAAAUUUGCAGCCUGAUCAAGGCGACACCUUUCUAGAUUUCGAGUCUUACGGUGUAAAUUUGCAGCAAGAACCAGAAGACGUCUUCAGCAUUGGAGCUCAGUUGGAUUUAACAUCGUACAAUGGCGUUUUACCGCAACCGCAAGAGCAAGAACAAGUGUUGCAAAAUGAUUGUGGAGUUUUGCAGGAAGAAGAAGAAGUAGAGAACAAUUCUGGAUCAUCUAGUGGAGCUGUCAAGCAAGAACAUGAACAUCUAGAUGACGAUUGCUCAAGAAAGCGGGGAAGGACUGGAUCGUGUAUAAGGCCAGGAGGAACCAAAGCCUGUCGUGAAAGAUUGAGGAGGGAGAAACUAAAUGAGAGGUUCAUGGAUUUGAGCUCGGUUUUGGAGCCAGGAAGGAGUCCAAAGACAGAUAAACCAGCUAUACUCGACGACGCAAUCCGUGUCUUGAAUCAACUCAGAGAUGAAGCUCAUGAGCUUGAAGAAACCAACCAAAAGCUUUUAGAAGAGAUCAAGACUCUCAAGGCGGAGAAGCAUGAGCUGAGGGAGGAGAAGCUGGUGUUGAAGGCGGAUAAGGAGAAGACGGAACAACAGUUGAAGUCUAUGAUGGUGGCUCCAUCUACAGGGUACAUGCCUCAGAUUCCAGCUGCGUUUAGUCAGAACAAGAUGGCGGUUUAUCCGAGUUACGGUUACAUGCCAAUGUGGCAUUACUUGCCUCAGUCGGUUCGUGAUACGUCUCGUGAUCAAGAACUCAGGCCUCCUGCUGCUUGA